ACAAUUGAAAUUGGUGUAAUGUAGAUAUAUGCACAUUUUCAUAAGGUGUAUAUAAAUAAAUAACAGUAUUUGUUAUAAAUCAAGAUAUAUAAUUAGCUUACAAUUACAUAUAUCAACUAAUCUGCUAACAAAAAAAAAACACCUUGAAAUUUAGACCAUUGUUGAUAAGACAGUACGGCCGGCAAUUAGACAGCAAACUUCGAGGUUUUGUUAUUGUAUGCGCGCUUAAAAUAUUUCAAAAUAUUCGCAAUAUUUUUACAAUUUUUAAUAAUUAAUGUUGUUUAAUGCAAAAAUUAUUUGAAAUACAGUGAAAAAAAUGAAUAACAAAAGUUUAGAAGCGAAAAUCAUAUCCUUUGGCGAAAAGAACAACUUAGAAGAACUGCAAAACAUUAUUAAAAAAACUAGUGCCAAAGAGUUAACUGUUGUACUAAAAGCUAAAUUUGGACGAAAUGAUUGCACUAGUUUCUGGAAUUACUUACUGCAAAGCUUCGACCUCAACAACUUCGAAGCGAAAGAGAAACGUUUCGCUUGUGUUAAGUGCUUCUUGGAUGGUCUAUUAAACGUGGAGUUGAGCACUAAACAAACUUAUGAUCUGAUAACACGUCUUUGUCAAGAUUUAAAUACAUUCGACAAUAAUGAACUGAUAGACAUUUUGGAACACUCAUUAGAUAGUUUACGUACGGGUGAUCCAAAAUGUGUGGGCUGGAAAGAUUUAUUACCAGAAACAUUGAAUAUAUUGGCAGAACAACCACGUCUAAGCGUAAAUGCGAUAAGCAUGAGUGGUGCUGAGUAUCGCCAACAAACAGUACAAAAUCUUACUACAAUGCGUUGGCCUAAGGAAGUACUUACACCAGUUGCUGCUAUGUUCCGGAAUUUAAAUCUCACUAACACAGAAACUGUUUUGAUUUUAAAUAAAUUUUCUGGUGUGAUACAAAGUGUUUCUCCAAUGGAAUUACCAGCUUUAUCCUAUCAAUUGUUUUUUAUGUGCAAAACAGCAUCAGAAAUAAUAAUACCAAUUAUAGGCUUGGAGAAAUAUUUUCAUCGAUAUUAUUAUAAAAAGUUAUUUGCUGAUAUGAAUAGUAAUAGCACCGAUUUUGAUAGCAUUGAUGAGUUUUCUGAUAAAGAACUACGCGAAGCAGAGGAAACUAUCUUACAUCAUUUGAACUAUUGUACACAAUAUAAAAUGAGCGAACAGCAAGUUAUAAUCGCCUUAAAGAAUUUUCAAUGCAUGCCAGACACUAUACUAACUCCUUUCGUCAUAAGCGCCAUAUUGACAAUGGCUUCAGCAAAUCGUGAUCCAGAUGCACAUCAGUCUAUGUUUACAUUAUUACAAUUUCUACGUGGUGUUAUAAGGUGUAACGAAGAUGAGCGAAACUUAGCCGAUUAUUCAGUUUGGUGUCGUGAUACUUUACAACGCAAACAAGUUGAUUUGGAUCAAAUUUUUAAUGUACUUAUUGAUCGCAAUAAGGAUGGCAAGGAUAUAAUAACACCAGGUUUACUCAAUCUUGUAUUUGUGCUGUUAAAAACGAAAAAUGCACUAACACUGCAUAGUUUAGCAAUUGGUUUCCUCACGAGAUUUAUUCGAAAACGUUUUGUAUUUGGUCAAGGCAUAGUGGAGAAGAUAGCUAAAUGGUUGGUUGUUGAACAGGAUCAAUAUCAAUAUUCUGAAUGUUUAACAUUGUUAAGUGUUGCAGAUACUUAUACUGUAUCCGAAUGUCUUACGACUAUUAAAUAUGUCAUGGGAUUUUUCUUAUCUUUACCAGCGGAACAAUCUAUGCGUAUGAUGGGCUUCAUAUUACCUGUUUUAAAAUUGUCUGCACAAGUGCGUGAUGCCUUCAUUGAUGAAUUACGAAAAGCUAUAAAUUCAAGUUCCGUUAAAAUACGUCGGAUGGCGGUUUAUGGGUUUUGUAUGGUACUGAAGCAGUUGAACGUCAAUAAUUCCCAUCGUUCUCAGCUGAGUGGUGUAUCAAGUUGUACCCAGCAUAGCAUUUCAGGUUUAUCCCUAAUGUCACAAGCAAUUUUAAGCAGUCAUAGUGGUGGUCAGCGUAAUUUUGAUAUGUUGACUUUGGAAAUCAUCGGUUUAUUAAGUAAAUGCUUUAAUGAGAAUCUGGAAAUUAAGAUAACAUUAUAUGAGAAUUUACAACGUGCUGUUGAGCUAAAUGGAAAAUUAUCACCACAUAUUAUACAAUUUAUUGAUUGGCAUUUUCGUUCGUUUUUCGAUGAGAAUACAAAUGAUGAAGAUAUUACCACAUUUACGGUUCAAUUUGAUUGCAUCGUGCGAUCUCAGGAAGAGGAUGAGAACGUCGUCAUAGUAAAGGAUAAUCUAGGCAGUCUUAUUCUAUUUCUCAGCCAUGCUUUAAUCGUAUUUGAAAAAUUUGAAAGUUAUUAUGAUGUACGCCCAAUAAAACGAUUAUUAAACUUAUCUGUGGAAAAUGUAAUUGCAAAGGCACUUAAUUUGGAGAUGAAUACACCAAACUCUUCUUAUAAAAAUGAAAUUGUCGCACAACAAAUAAAUUUCAUUGAAGGUCUUAUCGCUUACAUGGUCCUUACUUCCCAACAAACGAAUGAUAAUGCCAAAAAAUUGUCUUCACUCUUCAGGGAACACCAACGUCUUAUAGAUCUUUUAAAGACAAGCUCUUCAAAGAAGAGUAAUAAGGCUAAGGUCUCCAAUGAUUCAGAAGCAACUACAAUAAAUAUCAGCGGUAACAAUGCUGGUUCAAAAAAAGCAAACACAGGUGCUAAAAAUAUUUGGGACUUAGCUAUUGUAGAAAAGUGCUUACGUCUAUUACAUGAAGAUAUAGUGCCUUUUGCUUCUUCAGCAAAUACUUCAUCACUACGCAGCAAUCCUUUAAUAGUGCGCUACGUUUUAGAAGUUGCAACUUUGAAAGUAGAAGGUAUACGUCUGGAACCAGUUUACAAACAAUUAGCGCAUAGUAAACGUACUUUGAAAUAUUUAACCGAUAUUACAAAAGUGGUUUAUGAGCGUUGUAUAAAACGUUUAGCAGACUUAUCACAAAACUUUGAUGAGAAAAGUGCUGUACUAGCUGCAGAAUGUUUUAAGGAAUGUAUCAUCACUGCGAACACUGUCUACAAAGCAAAGUUUAAUGACAAUUUCAUUAGAGGAUUAGAGUUUUGUUCUGCAAGUCACGCGGAACAAAUUAUUGCAACGCUGCAUAAAACUGUUGAUCAUUUUAUGCAGGAAAAUGCAGCUACACAGCAGGAGAAAAAUAAGGAACCAAUUGCGCAAAAACUAGUCUGUGCUUUAUUACAAAGUUUGGAAGUGCUUUAUGAUAAUCUGUCGUUCUCUGAUCGUAUGACGACAGAGUCAUAUACUUGGCUAAUGAAUUUCUGUAAAAAAUAUGAAGUGCAGACGAAAGAAUUAAGUUUGAUACAUAAAUUGCUUUUUACACAAAGGCAAAAAACACAUUCCGGUGCUUUCUUCAAUAAAAUCGCACAUCAAUUAGGAAAAAUUAUUGGUACCAUGGAUGAAGAAGAGGAUGAGGACGAAGAUGAGGGUCCUACACAAAAUACUUAUAAACUAAAGUCCAUUACGAGUAGCAGUUUUGAGUCUUGCUUUGUUUAUUUAUGUGCAGCUGUACGUAAGCAGAUCGAGAAUGUUGAUUACUUCAUCCUUAAAGCGAAUAAUUCAAGCUAUAAGAUUCGCAUCAUACCAGAAGAAGAUCGGGAUGUUAAUCUAGCUGCCUUGCGUAAAUUGGAGCGUUCAAUAUGUUCACAGUUAAUGCAUAUAUCGCAAACACUGUUAAAGUUAACCAACAUAACCAUACCUUUAGGUGUGUGUAUGGACACUCUGUUAAAGCUUUUAAUGCAGCAUUUCAUUUGUUUGAAGAACUUAACAAAACAUUUUCUAAGUUGUGGUAUGACAACCAAACAUUCCGUACAGAAUGCUAAAUUCGAUGCGUUAGUACAUGCCAUGGGAAGGUCAUUACCAAAAAAUAUCUACGAACUCAUAACAUAUUUGGAAGCAAAUAUACUUGGCAGUGAGCGAGAACAUAAGAAAUCAAAUCCACAAAGUGAGAAAAGUAAAGUUUUACGUGAAACUAAACUUGUGCCUAAGGUUAUUCUCUGUGUCGAGAAUUUCAAUAAACACGUCAUUCUAUUGGCUAAAAAAACAAAUGAUCGUUUGGCCAGCUUUCUGCAUAUUGGUUCCGUACAUGAUUUUCGUAUAAAUACCAAACGUUUAAAAGAGGCAAUCGAGCGCACACUUUCUCACAGCAGCGAUAUUGAAACAGUUGGUAGUGAACAGUAUGAAAGUGAAGAAACCAAUAUAUAUGAAGAAGAUAUGACAGAUGAUAAUGAUAAUGAAGAAGAAGAAGAGAAUUCAGAAGCGGAUGCAGAUGUUGAAACUACUGUUAAAAAAACCGUUGAAAAACCCAUUAAGAAAACAACUGAAAAGUCCAAUAAAAAUGUCAAAACGAAGAAAAAUGUUCCAAGUCGUAAGCAGAGCAGUGACAAUGAUAAAAAAAAACAAUCCAAUACUCAAGCUAAUAAAAAAACUACGGGUAGACAAACGAAGCGCUCCAGUACUGAUAAUCAGGAUAAUAAUGAGGAAGAUUGUAUAACUCCGGAUAAUGCAAUUAUUUUGGAAAAUGAAAGUGAUAGAAAUUCAGUUUCUCAAUUAAUGAAAAACGUAGAAAAAAUUAAUAAAAAAGCCAAGAAACGCACACUCAGAGAGUUGGAGAAUAAUGAUGCGGAUGUUAGAUCAAUAACACCGGAACCAAAAAUACGUAGAGGCCGUUCCUCAAAGAAAUAAGUAUUAAAAUAGUUGUUAAUAACUUAAAAAAUAUUUGCUUAAAAGUAGCCGGUUACUUUAUUAUGUGCAGUUAAUAUACCAGACUAUGUUUAAUUUUUACUUU